AACAUGUCCAUUCAUUGGCAUGGACUGAAACAAUUUCGCAAUGGAUGGGCAGAUGGACCAGCUUUUAUAACACAAUGCCCUAUCCAGACAGGGCACAGUUACACGUACGAUUUUAAUGUAAUGGGUCAAAGAGGAACCCUAUGGUGGCAUGCACAUAUAUUUUGGCUCAGAGCCACAGUUUAUGGUGCAAUUGUAAUCAUGCCAAAACAGGGGACCCCAUUCCCUUUUCCUCAGCCUUACAGGGAAACUAACAUAAUUUUAGGUGAAUGGUGGAAUAACGAUGUUGAAGAGAUUGUUAAACAAGGGAACAAGCUGGGAUUACCGCCAAAUACAUCUGAUGCUCACACAAUUAAUGGAAAACCAGGGCCAUUAUUCCCAUGUUCUGAGAAACAUACAUUUGCGAUGGAGGUAGAACAAGGAAAGACUUAUCUCUUGAGAAUUAUCAAUGCUGCACUCAACGAUGAACUUUUCUUUGCCAUUGCUGGCCACAAUAUGACGGUGGUAGAAAUAGAUGCAGUUUAUACUAAACCGUUUACUACACAAGCAAUUCUAAUUGCACCAGGGCAGACCACAAAUGUUCUUGUUCAAGCCACCCAAGCACCUGGUAGAUAUUUCAUGGCGGCUAGGCCUUUCAUGGACGCACCAUUGACUGUAGACAACAAAACCGCCACGGCUAUACUUCAAUAUAAAGGUGUUCCAAACACUGUCCUCCCAAUCCUUCCUCAGCUACCAUUACCAAAUGACACAGCUUUUGCAUCGAGCUACAAUGCCAAACUUAGGAGCCUAAACUCUCCACAAUACCCAGCAAAUGUUCCGCUAAAAGUUGACAGACAUCUCUUCUAUACAAUUGGAUUAGGAAUUAACCCAUGCGCAACUUGCCUGAAUGGAACACAACUCACUGCAUCUUUGAACAACAUUACCUUUGUUAUGCCACAGAUUGGCCUUCUUCAAGCUCAUUAUUUCAACAUCAAGGGCGUAUUUAGAACAGAUUUCCCUGACCGCCCUCCUAAACGUUUCAAUUACACUGGUGCUCCAUUGACUGCCAAUCUUGGUACUACUUUAGGCACCAGACUAAGCAAGAUUGUUUUCAAUUCCACAGUUGAGUUAGUGCUACAGGAUACCAAUCUUCUAACUGUUGAAUCCCAUCCAUUCCACCUUCAUGGUUACAAUUUCUUUGUUGUUGGGACUGGAAUCGGGAACUUUGACCCAGCAAAAGACCCAGCUAAAUUUAACUUGGUUGACCCUCCUGAAAGAAACACAGUUGGAGUACCCACCGGUGGGUGGGCCGCCAUAAGGUUCAGGGCUGAUAAUCCAGGAGUUUGGUUCAUGCACUGUCAUUUGGAGCUCCAUACCGGCUGGGGUUUGAAGACAGCUUUUGUGGUGGAGAAUGGAAAGGGACCAGAUCAAUCCAUUUUGCCUCCUCCCAAGGACCUUCCACCUUGCUAAUUGUUUCCUGGUUUACACAGAAGUCUAAAUGGCGCGGCUAACUCUUGUUAAGCUGAUUAUUUUUCCUUUGACUGUUUCCUGCAAAGGGCAGGAGUUAAAUCGGAGGAUCAAGUUUUACCUAUGAAGGCAAAUAAUUACAAUUGUAUGAGGUUCUUGGAAUUGUGAUUAAAAUCUUGUUGUGUGGAAUAAAAUGAUUUGAUCUGAA